UCCCUGAACGGACCUCCACAGCCUCACCGAUCCGCGUACGUGUUUCUUCUCUAGUCAGUCAGUCAGUCAGUCAGUCAGUCAGUCAGCCAUCGGAGUCUCCUUGAUCCGCUCGCCGCCCGUGCGUUCUCGACGAUCGUAUCCGACGAGUGAAUCAAAUCGUUCGCGGUUGGACGUGUUCCGAAAGUAGUGGACGGGUUCGAUCGAUGACGGAUCUCGGCGCGCGAAGGUAUCGACGUUGAAAAAAAGUUUGUCAACGCGUCGCGAUGGAUGUCCAUCCGGCCCGAUAACGGACGGUCUAGGAGAGAGUGACGGAAGUCGAUGCAACGCGGAUACCGUGCUCGAGAGGAGGGAAAGGACCCAGGAGUCAAGAGCCACCGAUAAAUAACGAGACGCGAUAACCCCUGGGAUUAAUUAUCGACUUCUUUCGACCGCGUCGAUUCUUUACGAUGAGCCUCUUCUCACACUUCACGCGAAGGAGGAAGAGUCCGCGAUAAACGGGGAAACGAUAAGCUCGAUAUUUCGCCGAAAUUCGUUCCUUUCGACGACGAUCGGUACAUCGCUGGCGCGGGGGGGAUUUAUCUCCGUAGACCGACAACGAGAAACUCGUUGUCCGCGUUGCGAAUGCGGAGAACGGAUAGAUAAGUGAUUAACGAGAGGAUUCGAGAAGAUGGAAGUUCACCGCGAUAACGGUGUAUCGACGGCCACGGAAUCGAAAGCGGGACCGUCCAGCGGCGAGCAGUACAGCAGCUCGUUGGACGACGCAGUGGGCAAGUUGCUACAAGGUUACGACUGGACCUUGCUUCCGGUUACUUCUCGCGCGGGAGGACGAAGAAGCGCCCAUGUGAAGCGUCCAAUGAACGCGUUCAUGGUUUGGGCACAGGCCGCGAGACGCAGGUUGGCCGAUCAGUAUCCCCAACUACACAACGCCGAAUUGUCGAAAACGUUAGGGAAAUUGUGGAGAAUCCUGAGCGACGACGAAAAGCAACCCUUCAUAGAGGAGGCUGAGAGACUGAGAAACGCUCACAAAAAGCAGCACCCGCAUUACAAGUAUCAACCGAGACGAAGGAAACCGAAACCGGACGAGCAGAUGGGCAUCAUGAUGCAUCGGACGACCUUACCUUCGCCAGGCACUUCGUUGGAUUCCACCAGCUCGUCCGACUGCGCGUACCCGCGCCUCUACACGGACACCGGGAUCAAACCGUACGACAGGCCGACCUACCACAACAGCAAAGCUACCUACGAUCUGUCCAGAUCGUCCUGGCCCAGCGAUCCGGCCAAAUACACGAUAGAUCACGAGAGCAAACUGUACGAGCCGAACACGAAGAGCUACGUGGACGCAAAGUGUUAUGAGGCCAUUAAGUAUCACGAGGUGUCCACCUCCAAGUACCACGAGACGGUUCCAAAGUACUCGGAACUGCAGACGAAACCCUACGAUUUACCCAAGUAUCCGGAGACCCUGAAGUAUCCCACGGACGUCACGAACCCGACAAAGUCGUACGCGUGCGUCCACGGUCAGUAUUACUCCGCUCCCGAGGGAUACACGAUGCACGAGGAGAACGAUUAUCAAACGCAGGGAGUCGCGACCCACUCCUUUUAUCCGUACAUAUCCGCCUCCGUACCACAGCCCCCCUAUUAUAUGGGUCCUCGAUAGAUCGGUUUCAAUUUUUCUUCCUGUCAAUAACCAAAGUACUCACGGUUGAGUACUCGAAACGCUUUGUUCAUAUAAAUCAGGUAUAAAGUAAUGAUUUUGCUUCCAUGCUCUCUAAAUUCAUUCCUAACCUCUUACGCCGUGUACUGUUUUUAAAGAUCUUAGUAAAAGAUACUUACAAUUACAAUAUUGGAUCAACAAAUUAGAUACAAUAUCAGACGCUAACUUUAAAUGUAAAAUAAUAAUAUUUACAUUUAUUUUUAAUCAUCAGUUAUCAUCGACCAUCGUU